AGUCGCGGCUGCCCUGGCCCUGUGCAACCACCCGCCGCAGGGUCCACUCGCUGCAGCCCAGCCCACGCCCCCAUGAGCCCUUCUCAUUGGCUGAAGGCAUCCCCCCUGGAUUCUCAUAGGCUGCCCCACUUUUCCUCCGCCCCCCGCACGGACCGCGCGCCGAGCCAGCCAGGGAAGCUGCUCUAAGUCCCGGCCGUGGAGCAGAGGCUCGGCUCGGCGCUGCGAGAGGCGCGGGGCGCGGGGACCGGGGCAGCUGUUCCCAUCCCGGGACGCUCUUGUGGAGCCGAGCGUGGCAAAUGGGCGCAGGAGGAAGAGAGCAGGGAAAUGGACUGCUAUUUGCGCCGCCUCAAACAGGAGCUGCUCUCUGGCAUGGUUUCUGUUUUACCUUCCUGUCAUGCCUUCCAGCCAAGAGCAAGGGACUGUGAAGGUCCCCAUUCACAGGACUGCAGAAUGGGCCACUUGGCAAAAGCAGGGCCUUUUCCCGUUUCCGGCCCUGAACCUCCUUGCAGCUUCCCGAGGGGCUGAAAGGAACUGUGUGGGGAUCUUAUGUCCAUGAAGGAAGUGGGUGAUGGCUUACAGGACCAGAUGAACUGCAUGAUGGGUGCGCUGCAAGAACUGAAGCUUCUUCAGGUGCAAGCAGCACUGGAACAGCUGGAGAUCUCUGGGGGGAGUCCUGCCCCGGGCUGUCCCGAAAGCCCCCUGACGCAGCCCAGGCCGCUGCCAUGGGAGGGUGGCCCAGCCCCUCCCAGGCCUGCGGCAUGCUCCUCCUCAAACCAACCUGCUCUUGGCACGAAGCUUGCGUCCCGAAGGAGUGUCUGUGGGAGGGAUCUGGCCCCCCUGCCUGGAGCGGAGCUACCAGAGUGCCGGAGCUGUGCCCAGCAGGGGCCAGCGCCAGAACCGGAAGACUGGACCUCCACACUAAUGUCCCGGGGCCGGAAUCGACAGCCCCUGGUCCUGGGUGACAAUGUGUUUGCGGACCUGGUGGGCAACUGGCUGGAUCUGCCGGAACUGGAGAAGGGUGGGGAGAAGGGAGAGGCGGGGGAGGCCAAAGGGGAGAAGGGCCAGCCCCGGGAGCUGGGCCGCAGGUUUGCCCUCACAGCAAACAUUUUUAGGAAGUUCUUGCGCAGCGUGCGGCCGGACCGAGACAGGCUGCUGAAGGAGAAACCGGGCUGGGUGACACCCACGGUCUCGGAGCCCAGAGCUGCCCGCUCACACAAGGCCAAGAAGCGGAGCCAUUCCAAGGGCUCCGGACACUUCCCCUUCCCAGGCACUGCAGAGCCUAGGAGAGGGGAGAGUCCUUCCACAAGCUGCCCCAAGGCCCUGGAGCCCGCACCCUCGGGCUUUGAUAUUAACACAGCUGUCUGGGUCUGAAUCCUAGGGACAGAAAAGUGACUGAACUCAAAAGGUCCAGGGCCCAGUGAUGGGCCCUGGGAAGGAUGCAGGGCGGGUGUUAUGGCUUUCAAAAGCCUAACUCUGAGUUCCUUUUUCCCAGGAAGGAGGGAAAAGCAGCGAGUGUGUCUGGAGUAGGACUGACAGAAGCGUGGUUGGUGGAGGCUGUGGUGAGGGCUGGCUGGUGAGGAGGGGAGGCUUCCUGGACCCCACGGAAAGGGACAGAUUGAGAGAGUGGUGCUCCCUUUGGGGCUGCAGGUGACAAAGGGCAUGGGGGAGGAGACCAGGCAAUUCUGACAUUCCUUCACUGCCCCAAAGACCUCAGCUGUAUGGAUUGGGGCACUGGGGCCUUAGGUUGGCCUAGAGAGGCCCCCAAUAAAGAGCUUGGCUCUUGUGUCCCCAAGCUUAUAACCGCUGGCUUCGCUGGCAAAACUGCUCCAGGCACAGGCAUGAAACCCCAGCCCUCCUGGGACUGGGAUCAGCAGAGGAAACUUCCCACCCCGACCUCUCCCUGUUGGCCUUCAAGAUUUCAGCCCAUACCUGGAUCCUGGGACAUGGGCCGAAUAAGGAGUGUGAGUAUAAGGAGUACUUGCGAGCCCUGUCUUUUCAGAAGCACAGGAAAGAUAUCUGUAUAGCACUUUAAAGUUUGAAAGCCUUUUCAUGUCUCAUAUCUGUUAUCGCCUUUUGAGUAAGCAAGGAAGGCGGUUUAUCCCCAUUGUCCGGGGAGCAGGGCUGGCCGAAGGGCGGCCGCCGGGCCCUGGAGUCCCACGCGCUCAUCCGCACCCCGCCUCCAGCACCGAACCCCCCCGCCCCGCAGGACGCAGGCACUCGGGCGUUCACCAGCGAGGCCAAGGUGGGCGCAUUAGAAACACGCUGAUUUUUAGAUUCCCAGCUCCACCCUGCGAUCCGGCGGCGGGGAAGGCACCGGCUGGGGAAGGGCGGCAGCUCCGCUCCCUUCCAGAGGCGCCUGGAGCUUUCCUGGGGCGGCGCACGUGGCCCUCGGCGCCCCCCUGGGGAGCUGCCGGCCGCCCACGCCCGCGGGGAACGCCCGCUGCCUGGGAAGAGACCACGUGGGUCCCUGUUUGGGCCGGCCCGCCCUGGGAGCACUCCCCCUCGCCUCCCCUCGCCCCUCCCGACUGAGCUCCUCUCUGGCUGAUGGGGGGGUGGGGGGUGGUGACAGCUGCAAUUAGGGCAAGACGCCUUCCCGCCUUCGGCGCAUUAACAAAUUGGAGAAGAAAAAUAACAAGAAAGGCUCUUCCCGCAUCCUGGACCCCUGGAGACCGAGGUGGAGGAGGAGGCUUAGCGCGGCAGCAGCACAGCGGGAGUUGAGGGGCGGGUAGGAUCGCUCUCAGACCCCCACGCAGUCAGAUGGUUGACAUUUUUGUCGGUGGAAGCUACAAGGGGCAAGGUGCUAAUUUUAUUUAUUUCUCUUGAGCGCUCGCUAUCUGUCAGGCAGUGCGCACAGCUUGUAUUUCGAACUUCAGAAGGGCCCUAGAAAUUGCUGUCUUCCCAGUAAAUCGGUGGAAGCUUUUAGGGGGCAUCCAGGCUGCCCAGAUGAGGCUUCUGGCUAAUGGAAGAACCGGGAUUUGAAACAGGACUGUCCUGCAAAACGGCCUCGCCUUCUCUCCCUGGAGUUGGCCAGUGGAGGCAGCCCUUUCUGGAGGAGCAAGCCCCCACCCAUCCUUCCUGUCUCCCCACGGAACUCUGAUACUUCAGUCCUGCGGGAAGGCCUGUUGGCUGUGGCUGCCUUGGUGGUGGUGGUGGUGCUGUGUGUGUGUGUUCAGAAUGCGUGUGUGUGUGUGUGUGUGUGUGUGUGUGUGUGUGUGUGUGUGUGUGUGUUUGUGUGUGUGCUGUGAAGGUUCCUCCCACUGGGUGCUGGCCAAGUCACCAGCUCCCAGUCCGGAAUGAUUGCACAGGAAACAAAGUUCGCUCUUGGCCAUUUCUCUGUUUUGUGAACCAGUCAUAAUCCAGACCCAACGGAACAAAACUUUAUCAACAUCUGAAGGUCCAGAACUAAAAACAGCAAGGAAGAGGACCGGGUUCCUGGCUCAAGGGGCUCAGCAAGAUGAAACAACUCUUCGCCCAUCCGUUAGCCAGAAGGGAUCCCAGGGAAUAACUCAUUUUAAGAAAACAAUCAGGAGUGACGUUUGCUGCCAACACAAUUCCCAGGCCCGGGCACCGCCAUCUUUGUGUUCCUGCUCCCUUCUCACUUCGCUCUGGAAGCGGCUGCUGUUACUCUUACUCUGCAUGGAGAGGCUCAGGGAAGUCCAGCAAUUUGCCCAAGGUCACCGCCACAGGAGCUGGGACUGAAUUGGUCCCGACAGACUUCCAGUCUUGUGCUAUUCACACUCCCCCACGGAGUGUCCGGAUCUGCUCCAAAGCCAAGUCAAGAGGAACAACAACAAAACCUGUCCUCCCCAUAUUAUCCAUGCAUGGAUAAUAAAUGGAAUGCUUAUUGUCCAGUGGGGCAAUUUUGCUCUGGUCUUGACGAGGGCUGGUGUAAUGCCCUCAUCACUAGGCAUACUUUGCUAAUGAAAGACUAUGGCCAAUUCAUUUACCUCCCACUGGCCUCCCCCACUAAUUUUUUCUUUUCCCUCCUUUUCUGGGCUUUUGUCCUGACAGGAUGGAGACUAUAUUUCACUGAAGCUGAGGGGACAGGUGAUGGGAAUGUCUGGGGUCUAAGCGAUGUAGGUGGGGAGGAGGGGGAGGUAGUGGAAGUAAACAGAGGGAAAUUGACAGCUUAAUUCUGCCCCUGGGGCUCAUUUUAUGGUUAAUUAGGACAUGCAAAUAAGCUGGAAGCUCAUUUAAUACCCUCCCUGGCAUGGGGCCCCACCUCACACCUGGUCCACUUCCCCGGCAGGUAUGGGGGACCCCCUGAUUGACCUAGGCCUCUGCUCGGGCCCCCACCUGCUUCUCUGUGGUCAGUGUGUCUCUAGAUGCUCCCUGAUCAUAAACGGAGCCAGAAGAGUUCUUACUGGGCCUGCCUGAUCUCCUUCCUUCCUUUCUCUUUCCAAUCCUUCAGAUCUGGGACCCCUCUUUCCCAGAGGGCAGAGGGCCACACCCCAAAACCUUCCCUGAACCCAAGCUUGCCCAGAAGAAUAAGACUUGGUUUGGCUCCGUCCCCACUACAUCCCCCUUGCUCACCGUGGGGGAGGGGCCAUCCCUGUCUUUCCCAAAUCACACCAUUUCCUACAGGGCCUCCCUAAAAGCAAAAGCCCAGCUUUCGCCUUUGGGAAGCAGGGGCCUGUCUCCAGCUCUCAGUGCUGGACCUCAGGUCCACUCCCUGACCCAGAGUAGUUAAGGCACUUCUGCCAAUACCACGGAAUGAGCCCUGGAUUUCGAGUCCAACAGGAUUUUCUGACCCUAUCAGCUUAAGCAUGUUAGCUUGACCUCUGAGCCUCGUUUUCUCAUCUAUGACACGGGGAUAAUGCAAGCCUGCUGGAGAUCUAAAGGACAGAGUGUGCCCUGUCUAGAACAUGGCAGCAGCUCUGUGCCAGACCACCUGACCUUCAGUCCAGGGGCUAACCACGUGUCCCCCGAGCAACCCCGCUGAAACAAAACAAAAACAACAAUGACAAAAAAACUUCCAUGGAGGCUCGGUUUCCUCUUCUGUUAAAUGUAUACCGGCCCUCCUCACAGGACUGUAGCAAGGAUCAAACAAUAGUUUUCUCUAUUGUAGAGAAGACAAUGUACAAUGUUUUUGUAUGUUGUAAAAAUAUUACCCAGGUGGGCUGUGUCUUGCCCAACGGCGAA